CUGGUGUUCCUGCGACUUGAUCUUUUCUGGUCCGCUGACUUCUCACGGCAAGUAUGGUAAGCAGUAUUUGAAUUAUCUCUCCCACAGGGUUGCCAACUAAAAAAAAAUAAUAAAAAAAUUAAUAAAAUAUAAGGACGAACAUUGUAAAUCUCCCCAGUUUGUAUGGACACCUAAAUCUCCCCAGUUUGUAUGGACACCUAAAUCUGCCCAGUUUGUAUGGACAAACACUCUUUUUACGCACGGACAACUUUGUUUACAUGUUCAAGGGAAACUAACGAAGCUAAAACAAAGUCUAAUAUCCGUGACCAGCCCACUUUUAGAAAUGACUAUGUCUGUAGGACUCUAAGCCAGGCCCGCACAACGUAAGGCCCGCCAGCACAACGUAUGGCCCGCCUGCACAACGUAAGGCCCGCCAGCACAACGUAAGGCCCGCCUGCACAACGUAUGGCCCGCCUGCACAACGUAUGGCCCGCCUGCACAACGUAUGGCCCGCCGGCACACACUUUGCGGCCCGCGAAGUAACGAAAUAUUCUUUAUUAUUAUUAUUAUUUUCUGAAUAGCUUCCACCAUUACCUAUCCUCUUUCGGACCGCACCAGUUUUUUUCAUAAAGUAUUACGGCCCGCCUUACACUUUGAGUUGUGCAGACCUGCUCUCUAAGUCAUAUGAAAAUAAGGGCUAGAGCCUAUUUUGUAAUGUUAUUUUAUUGUAUAAAAUUCUCAUCAGUGUCGAAUUAUUUCGAUUAUGUUCAUGCAAGUGAAAGAGGAGAAAUGAGUAAAGCAAAGUUGGGUUAAACCUAAAAAAAAAAGGAACGCAACAAAGCAACGAACGUGUCGGCUUCCCGCUCGACACAAUUCACAAUUCAUUUGCUGCCCUUUUGAAUACUACUUCUAAGCUAAGUGCUAUUUUUUAAAUGUUAAAUUUAUUCUGUUUUUGCCUGUUGUUUUUGUUCGCCGACGAAGGCUUCCUGCCGACAUGUUCGUUGUUUUGUUGCCUUCCUUUUUUUUUCAGGUUAAACCCUACUUGGUUUUACUCAUUUCAUACUGUGCUAACCCGAUUGCAGUCUCUCCCCUUAUUACACUGAAAUAAGAGAACCCCCACAACAGUGAUUCUCAAAUCCCUUGACACAAAUCUCUUUGAAUUUCAGUCCAAAAUGUACUUUUCCAAAUUAAGUAAAUUUUUUUACUUACCUUCCGUAAAUUUACGGAGGUUGGCAACCCUGAUCUCUGUGUAUUGUUAUGUUCCAACGGUACUUAAUCAUAAACCAAUUUUAGUGGAGAUCCUAAGCACGACAAAACUUAUGGCAGCUGGUUGCCGGUAGCAAAUAAAUUAUGUAAAAUAAAUGAAAUUCACAUCUUAUCACAUCUUGUACUGACGAAGCAUCACUUACAUUCGAGACCAAUGCAGUACAUUAUUCGUGCGUUUAAGUUAUUUUGAUGUUAAAUAUUUUAUUUUCGUUAAAAAAAAAAAUAAUCCAGAUUUGAAAUGCCACAAGACGGACCCUGCACUGGAGGCCAUUCGAACAACAGCCGGGGCCAAGAAGAAACUCUUGCUGUUCAAGCAAUUUCCGGACUACUAUCAAAUCACGUCAGCUAAACAUCGUCAGUUUUUAGACGAAUGUGAGCACAGCUGUGACGUGACCACCGACGAGAAGAGGUUCCGAGAGGCCGACGCCGUGAUCUUCUACUCACACUAUAAGCAUGCCAAGGACCUGGCCGUCGUGCCCGAGAAGCGACCAGAUCAGAAGUGGGGAUUUUUCGCCGUCGAGCCCCCGCCGCUGUCCGACAACGAGGCGUUCGGCGCAGAGCACUGGAAAGGCC